CCAAACCCGGUCCCCAUGGAAGAGAUGGAAGAAGAGUUAAAAUGCCCUGUGUGCGGCUCCUUUUACCGGGAGCCCAUCAUCUUGCCCUGCUCUCACAAUUUAUGUCAGGCGUGCGCCCGCAACAUCCUGGUACAGACCCCGGAGUCUGAGUCCCCACAGAGCCGUCGGGCCUCGGGCUCCGGGGUUUCCGACUAUGACUACCUGGACCUGGACAAGAUGAGCCUAUACAGCGAGGCGGACAGCGGCUAUGGCUCCUACGGGGGUUUCGCCAGCGCCCCCACUACCCCGUGCCAGAGGUCCCCCAACGGAGUCCGCGUGUUCCCCCCGGCUAUGCCGCCACCCGCCACCCACCUGUCACCGGCUCUGGCCUCGGUGCCCCGCAACUCCUGUAUCACCUGCCCCCAGUGCCACCGCAGCCUCAUCCUGGAUGACCGGGGGCUCCGCGGCUUCCCCAAGAACCGCGUCCUAGAAGGAGUGAUUGACCGCUACCAGCAGAGCAAAGCCGCGGCCCUCAAAUGCCAGCUCUGCGAGAAGGCGCCCAAGGAGGCCACCGUCAUGUGCGAACAGUGUGAUGUCUUCUACUGCGAUCCGUGCCGCCUGCGCUGCCACCCGCCCCGGGGUCCUCUGGCCAAGCACCGCCUAGUACCCCCGGCCCAGGGCCGCGUGAGCCGGCGGCUGAGCCCGCGCAAGGUCUCCACCUGUACAGACCACGAGCUGGAGAACCACAGCAUGUACUGCGUGCAGUGCAAGAUGCCCGUUUGCUACCAGUGCUUGGAGGAGGGCAAACACUCCAGCCACGAAGUCAAGGCUCUGGGGGCCAUGUGGAAACUGCACAAGAGCCAGCUCUCCCAAGCACUGAACGGACUGUCAGACAGGGCCAAAGAAGCCAAGGAGUUUCUGGUACAGCUGCGAAACAUGGUCCAGCAGAUCCAGGAGAACAGUGUGGAAUUUGAGGCCUGCCUGGUGGCGCAGUGUGAUGCCCUCAUCGAUGCCCUCAACAGACGGAAAGCUCAGCUGCUCGCCCGCGUCAACAAGGAGCAUGAGCACAAGUUGAAGGUGGUUCGAGAUCAGAUCUCUCAUUGCACAGUGAAGUUGCGCCAGACCACGGGUCUCAUGGAGUACUGCCUGGAGGUGAUCAAGGAAAAUGAUCCCAGUGGCUUUUUGCAGAUUUCUGACGCACUCAUAAGGAGAGUGCACCUGACUGAGGAUCAGUGGGGGAAAGGCACGCUCACUCCCAGGAUGACCACGGACUUCGACUUGAGUCUGGACAACAGUCCUCUGCUGCAAUCCAUUCACCAGCUCGACUUCGUGCAGAUGAAAGCUUCCUCUCCAGUCCCAGCAACUCCAAUCCUACAGCUGGAAGAGUGUUGUACCCACAACAACAGCGCCACACUGUCCUGGAAACAGCCACCUCUGUCCACGGUGCCCGCUGAAGGAUAUAUUCUGGAGUUGGAUGACGGCAGUGGUGGUCAGUUCCGGGAAGUAUAUGUUGGAAAGGAAACAAUGUGCACUGUGGAUGGUCUUCACUUCAACAGCACAUACAACGCUCGGGUCAAGGCCUUCAACAAAACAGGAGUCAGCCCGUACAGCAAGACACUGGUCCUCCAAACGUCCGAGGUGGCCUGGUUUGCAUUCGACCCUGGCUCGGCACACUCUGACAUCAUCUUCUCCAAUGACAACCUGACUGUGACCUGCAGUAGCUACGAUGACCGGGUGGUGCUGGGGAAGACAGGCUUCUCCAAGGGCGUCCACUACUGGGAGCUAACUGUGGAUCGCUAUGACAACCACCCCGACCCUGCCUUUGGUGUGGCCCGCAUCGACGUGAUGAAGGAUGUGAUGUUAGGAAAGGACGACAAAGCUUGGGCAAUGUAUGUGGACAAUAACCGGAGCUGGUUCAUGCACAACAACUCGCACACCAACAGAACUGAGGGGGGGAUCACCAAGGGGGCCACAGUUGGGGUCCUCCUCGACUUAAAUAGAAAAACCUUGACGUUUUUUAUCAACGAUGAACAGCAAGGCCCCAUAGCAUUUGAGAAUGUGGAGGGCCUGUUCUUCCCUGCAGUCAGCCUGAACAGGAAUGUGCAGGUCACGCUUCACACUGGGCUCCCAGUCCCUGACUUCUACUCCAGCAGAGCAUCAAUAGCCUAA